AUGACUCGGUCGGUCUUGGAGUUUAUCAACAUCCCGCUGGUCAACGGAUUUCCGCCCUCGGACCUCAGACGGAAGGUCAGGUCGCACGCGGCAAAAGCCACCAGGGGAGUGGAUGGAGAUGGAACUCCGGAUAAGAACGAGAAGGUCAAGGGUGUGUUGGCUUCGCACCAGACGCCCCAGUUCAAGAAGCGAAAACGGCACCGUCGCACUCUCAACUGGACGUUUCAGAUGACCGCGAAGAUCGACGAGCCACAAUCGGAGCUGGAGCUGGAGCAUGAAAACGCUGAUUCAGGAUUUCGUGUUCGAAAUGGCGCCCCCGGAUGUCCAAGCCCGAGCUCCAUAUCGGGGACCGCGCUGAUCCCGGCAUCGAAAUCCCGGGUGUACUUUGAACCGUUUGUCCCCGUGGUUCUCCAGCACUACCUUCAGCAUCUUGCUGUCGCCAUCCCCGAGGUCGACGGCGAGGGCAACACGGCACUGCUGAAGUCGCGGUGGUUCCCCAUGGUGAUCCACUCCCCGCUGCUGUUCCAGGUGAUCGUGCUGUUCUCGGCGUCUCACUACGCGGCGCAGCGCGAGGAUAUGGCGUUCGCACCGACCAUCUUGCUCCUCAAGCAGCGCGCCCUCGCCGGCAUCAGCGCCCACGUCACCGCGUUGCAGCGUGAGUGCACGGUGAGGGACGAGCUGAUCGCCGCUACGGCAAAGAUGGCAAGCUACGAGGCUAUCUGGGGCGACGAACGUGCCUACCAUUGUCACAUGAACGGUGUGGAGGAGAUGUUGAGGGUGCGAGGCGGUUUGGCCAGCUUGGGACUGGAUGGCUUCCUCGCACGCCUGCUGCUCUUCAUCGACACGAACUCGGCGUUUCUAUUGAACACCUUUCUGCAUCUCCGCAAUUCUUCGUUUCCGAGAGGCGAGCCCUUCAUAUUGCCGAAUUUAAGUCGGUUUAUCGGAGAGAUUUAG